AUGCAAUUCACUUAUGUAUUACCAGGCUGGGAAGGAUCUGCUGUAGAUGGUAGAAUACUGCAUAUUGCAAUGCUUCGUGAAAAUGGGUUACAAGUUAGUAAAGGAAACUAUUAUCUUGUUGAUGUUGGGUACACGAAUGGAGAAGGAUUCAUCGCACCAUUCAGAGGUCAACGAUAUCAUUUGAAUACAUGGUUGAAUGGUCAUCGUCCGGAAAAGGCAAAGGAAUAUUUUACCAUGAAGCACUCAGUUGCAUGGAAUGUCAUAGAACGUCGCUUUGGGGUACAUAAGAAUGUUGCAAAAUGGAGAGGCAAAAAUUUUCCUCAUUAUUGGGACCAAUGUCUUGUAUUUGGAAAUGAUGUUGCUAAUGGAAGAGAUGCUCAAACAACAACGGAUGUUAUAUCUAAUGAGAAUAAUAUUCUCUAA